AAUAUUACAACUCGAAAAGGCUCAUGGGAGCAAUAACAAGAAACCAAGAUGGCGGCGGCUACUUCGCUGCAAACUAUGAGACAAGUCUGGAAGGACUUCAACCUCCCUGACCUCCAGAAAUCUUUAGAUACGGCUGCUGCAGAGCUAGCCGAUCGCCAGGACUCUUCGGACACAUCAAGAAAACGACUAGUAGAACUAAGCCGUGAUUUCAAAAAGACUGCAACCGAGGAAACAAGAAAGAAAGUGGCUCCUUUGCUAAAGAGUUUCCAAGCUGAGAUUGAUGCUCUCUCAAAAAGAAGCAAAGCUGCAGAGGCUGCUUUUCUCUCAAUUUACAAAAAGCUUGUGGAUGUACCAGAUCCAUUGCCUGCACUUGAACAAGCUGUUCUCCAGCAACAGAAAGCAUCCAAGCUGCAGGACUACGAAAUAGAAAAUAAGCAACUAAGAGAGACUCUUGAGGAGUACAACACAGAAUUUGCAGAGGUCAAGAACCAAGAGGUGACAAUAAAUAGACUGAAAGACAAGCUCAAGGAAUAUGAAGAGCAAAUUGGAGACAGAGUACAAACAAGAGCAAAGGAAAGAGAGAAAGAGCUCCAAAAAGCAUUUGCAGAAAAAGAGAACCAGCUGAGAGAGACUCAAGUUAGUGUUGCCAAAAAGCUGGGAGAGGCGGAGCAUAAAGUGGCCACACUGCAAGCAGCUCUGGACAAUGUCAAUUCUGAAUUAUUUGACAUCAAGGCAAAGUAUGAUGAAGCCUCAGCUGCAAGGUCAUCAGAAAUGGACAUGCUUGAGGCAGAUGUGGAAAAGUCACAUCAGAGGGCUUUGUCUGCUGAGAGACAGGUGGAAGCUUUGAGAGAAGAGCUUGCCAAAGCUCAGCAUGCACUUCAGGAAGCUUAUGAUCCAAAGAGGCCCAACAUGGAAGAGGCUAUAGAUCUUAUAUCCAGAUCCACCCUUGAACAUGAACUUGCUGCUAAAGAGAGACAGAUUUCACAAUUGGUCAGUGAUGUUCAACAAAUGCAAGCAAGUGCUUCUAGAUUGAAGGAAUCAACUGCCAGCCAGGUGGCAAGACUGGAAGAACAGUUGACAGCAAAGACGACAGCAUUACAAGCUUUGGAGGAGAGAGUUCAACAACAGCAGGAUUACGAAGAAGUUAAGCGGGAACUCAGUGUCCUAAAAACAAUUGAGUUUUCUUCAAGUAGUCAAGAACACACAGAGGAUUCUCCCCCCAAAUCACUGGAAAUGCUUCUUCUGGAGAAAAAUAGAAGAUUGCACUCUGAGAAUACAAGCCUCAAAGUGGAAAAUUCAGAUCUUGCAGGCCGUUUUGAGGAUCUGGACAAGAAGUACAGUGAAGCAGUGCGCACAGUGGAAGAUCAGAAGGAGCUGAUUGGUCAGCUUGAGUGUGACCUGCUCAGCGUCAAUGCGCUUCCCACAGCCUUUCGCGGCCAGGGAGAGGGCGAGGCUGGCCCUCCAUCUGAAACAGAACUUGUAGCGACAGCAGUCCAGCAUGCAAGCACACCUGAAACUCAGGACAAGUUGGCAGUUGAUUCCUUGCUCCCAAUUGUAGCGAGUCAAAGAGAAAGAUUCAAGCUACGUAACUUAGAACUGGAGGCACAAUCCCGGCAUCAGCAACAGCAGAUCAGCCUUCUGCAGAAUGAGGUGGACACUCUACGGUCAGACAACGUCAAGUUGUACGAAAAGAUCAAAUUCCUUCAGAGCUAUCCCACAAAGGGUUCAUCUUUACGUGAUGACGAGGCCGCUGUCAGCAGAUACUCAUCGCAAUAUGAGCAGCGUCUGGAUCCCUUUGCCGCCUUCAAUCAGAGGGAGAAGCAGCAGCGUUAUAUGAAUCUUGGACCUCAUGAGAAAGUCACACUGAACCUGGGCCGGUUUGUGUUAGGCAGCAAGAUGGCCCGUACGAUAGCAUUCUUCUAUAUGCUUUUCCUGCACUGUCUUGUGUUCCUGGUGUUGUACAAGAUGGCGUACACUGAAUCCUGCAAACGCGAUGUCUCCUCUGAGUGCGCAAAAAGAUUCGCAGAACAUAUGCAGCAGGUUCACGGGGAAUCAUGGCACUAGACAGGCAGGUACGCAUGCGCGAACACCUUGCUUGCCUUCAAUAAUACAUUCUGGGUGGCCGUCUAGUGAUCUACAAUCUUCCACGCAAACCAAGAUAUCAAUUAAAGGAUUUCGUAGCGAAUUUGUUAUAAGACAUAUUUAUAAAGACAUUUAGAACCAGAGGUGAUUUGGACUGUGUAAAUAAAAGAUAUAGAAGGGGUGUUUUAUAAAUUGUAGAUAAUCAAUGUGAAUAAAAUAAGGCCCAACGGUCUUACUUGAGUUA